CGCGUGUUUUGUGGCUCGUGUAGCUCACGUGCGGCGCGUUCGGUCUCGUAUUCUACGGUUCGACCAUGCGAGAAAGUGACUGCCAUAGACCUGUGUCUUCUGCUUCUCUUGGUCACGGUGCACAAGCGUGGUUACCCGCCUGAAAAGUCGAGCGAAGAAGCAUGAGUGAAAACGCCAGUUCCACUUCUGAAGCCAUUGAGCUCACAUGUAAGUUGCUGUCCCAUAUCACCAUCAAUGACAAGAAGGAAGAAAUCCAGAGGAUCUUAGGCUUGCCUCCGGAGGCCAACCUUUCCAGUGCCGACGCCUCCCUCUACUGUCACUUCGUAACUUCUCUUCUUGACAACCUAAGCGCAAAUACGUUGAGAAACGCCGAGGAAGAUAGUGCUUACGACGCUGUCGUGAUGCGCUGUCCUCCUGAGGACCUGCUUCUCGUGUUGGCGUCCGCUCUUCAGCGUUACAACAAGAGCUUCAGACGCGACAAGGUUGUUGCACUUCUCAGCAAGUUUGUGCAAGGCAAUUACCUGCACAGGUUGCUGAUCGGACAGUGUCGCCGGAACGUCACUGACUACUCCGGCGAAUGGUCGUGCUCGGCUCUAACCAUCCUCGUGUCAUUGCCCGUACGGAUUGCCAACAUUCGUGAUCAGGAUAUUCCGAACUGCCUGACAACGAACGCGUACUUCGAGUCCCUUUUCGACAGCAUCCUUGGAGCCUUGAGCUACGCCCGCGAUGAAGUGGACCGUGGUGCCGAUGUUCAUGUGACGUUUUUCAGCAGACUUCUUGGUCGAGUGUGUCUCGUUGGACAAUCGGAGCUUCUUGCGAAGCACCUCGUUCCAAAGCUAGUUCGCCGUUGCGAAGGCGAUUUUAUUUUCCGGCGCGUAUGCGUGAAAGUUGUCACCUCCGCACUAGACGACUGUAUGGAAAGCAUGAUUGUUGUGCUGCUUUCUGCUCUUCGCGACUACAACCACGUCGACUGGUUUUUAGCUGAUUCUGUCUGUACAAACAGCAGGCUUAAGUUCUUUCUUACCAUGAAGCUGCCGUUGAUGAAAACGUUUAGCAAAGCAAUUGUGCUGCAGAAUGUCAUUGGGUACCUUGCGUCAUCAGACAGGAGGAGGCCGAUAUUCUUUGACUUUGUGAAUGAGGUCCUCAGUGUUUGGGGAGACAAGACAUUCAUGAAGCAUCAGAGUGAGGAACAACAGAAGUAUCUUACGAGUGCGUUGAUGAUAUCUCUUGGACACUUGAAGGUGACCAGCUUUGACAAAACCACUGCUGACGGCCUCAUGUCUAAGCUACUGCACGGCGUACAAAGCCAUAUUUCAUCGCCAGAUGAAUGGGUACGAUUAUACGGCAUGAUUACAGCGGAGCAGUUUUCCGCUGUACUUCAGCCAGAAGGUCCAAAACUUAACUUCGAGUACAAUUGUAACGACGAUGUCAACUACCUGUUGUCACUUACAGACAUAACUGUUAAACCGUCAGACCCUGUCGAAGCAAGUAUGGAGGAAGCUGUUAGUAUUGAAGAAGAAACGGAGAAGGCCAAUGUGGCCAAUAAUGAUAAUAUGACCAUUGAACUGGAUAGUGAUGACGACCUUGAGCCCUUUGACAUGUCGCACGACAUGCCACAUGGUGUAAAAAAGCCUGUGUACCUGCGCGACUGCAUGGAGGGGCUCCUAGAUCAAGAAAACAGAGACUGGGUUGAAUCUUGCCUGCAGACUGUAGCUAGCUUGAUUCAGACUUGUAAAGAUGAAUUACCAGAUGUAGCUGAAGAACUAGCCAAAAUACUUCUUUACCUAGAUGACAAGUUUGGCCUCGACAGAUUUGUACCCUUGAGACAGCACGCCCAGGUUACCUUGGCUGUAAACAGUCCUAAGGUUGUUGCAACUUACCUGACAGAGCAGUUCUAUGGGGCCCACUUGAACAUCAGGCAGAGGCUGGACAUACUGGAGGUUCUUGCACUGGCCAGCAACCAGCUAGCAUCACCACCUACAGCUGUGCCUCCAGUAGCCGAAAAAAGCAUUUCAAGCAUGGCCGACACACACUGGCAAUCUGUCGUGAUGGAACGUGUAAAGGCUAAGACACGAAUCAUCAGCAAGGGUGCCACAACCAUCGUGAAGCCUGCCGAAAAUCGCUUUUCCGACGUCGCUGGAUUCUUCUUCUACCCAUUGAUGAGUUACUAUGACAGGAAGGAGAACACAUUUGACCUUUUAGGCGAGGACAGCUUUGUUCUGGCACGUCUCAUCUGCACAUUGGGUAUCGUGCAAGACUCGGCUGCCAACUGCCCGAGGAGUGCCCACAUGGCCCGCUGCCUCAUGGAGUUUGUGUCGGCCCUGAAGUACCACACAGAGGCCUGUGUUCGUGAUGCGGUCCUGUUUGCACUGUCAGUAAUAUUCAUCACCAUUCCAACCAGCUUGCUGCUGUCCAGUGGCGAGCACGAACUCGUUGAGAUUCGAGAGUGGCUUCAGUAUGUUAUCGAGAAAGAUCCUUUUGAUGUCUGCAAGCUAAAGGCAGCCCAAGUUCUGCAGCUGUUGAUGUCACAAGUUAACAAAGAGCUCCCAGUUUCAGAUAAAUAAAGUACAUCAUUUUAUUACA